UUUGGUCACACAUACCGCAUGCUCCAUUGUUGCGAUUAUCAUCAUCAAUUUGCAUAACAUUUCUUGCAUUUCUUGUAAAUAUAAUUGUGAUAUUCUUCCUAAUGGCAACGUCAACGGUUAGAAAAUAUAGUGCGUCUGUGAUAUUCUUUCAUGGAUCCGGCGAUACAGGCCCGAAUCUGCAGGAGUGGGUUCGCUUUUUACUAGGUCGCGAUUUGGACUUUGCGCACAUAAAAAUUAUUUACCCAACAGCUCCGCUACAAAAGUACACUCCUCUAAAUGGACAGUUGUCAACCGUUUGGUUUGAUCGACGAUCUGUAAACAUAGCUGCCCAAGAAAGUCGAAAGAGUAUGGCAGAGAGCUAUAAUAUUGUGCAGAAACUAAUCCAAAAUGAAGUGGACUAUGGCAUUCCGUUGAAUCGGAUAAUUGUUGGCGGCUUCUCAAUGGGCGGAGCCUUAGCUCUUCACACUGGCUACCACUUGAAUACUGAUUUAGCCGGCGUCUUUGCCCAUUCAUCAUUCCUCAAUCGACAAUCGGUGGUCUAUGAAUCACUGGCCAAUCGAGUAAACGAUAAGCUACCGGAUCUGUUUAUGUUUCAUGGUGAGCGUGACACUCUCGUUCCCUUGGAUUGGGGACAGGAGACGUGGGAAUCAUUAAAUAAAUUGGGCGUCUCUGGUACAUUCACUCCAUUGAAGAACACGCUGCAUGAAUUGAAGAAUAAAUCAGUUCUUAGUUUGGAGGAAUGGAUUCUGAAAAAACUCCCACCAACGCUAAACGAUCAGCAAAAUAAACUUUAAUUUCGUGUUUCAAAAAUCG